ACAGCCAAUCACAGCAGAGGACGUGACGCGUCAUCACGCAGACAGUACGCAGUUGUUUGAAGGAUUAAGUUGUUGUUUUCUCCGGAGAAGUUUACAUUAAAAACACAAUAAAACUACAGAUUGAUAAUCAUUGUAAACCGCCAGGGACGGACCCAACCAGGACCUCUGAGGCCAGGAGCAGACUGAGGCUCAGAUCUGACAGUUGGUGUUGAGUUAGCUGUUAGCAGGUUUAGCUCGGUUAGCUCAGAUUAGCUGCUUGAUCUUGUGAUGGAGUUUCCCGGAGGAGGGGGGACGGUGCUGGGCGCUGGAAACGUCCCGGCCUUCCUCACGAAGCUAUGGACCCUGGUGGAGGAUCCGGACACCGACCCGCUCAUCUGCUGGAGCUUGAGUGGAACCAGUUUUCAUGUGUUUGAUCAGGGUCGUUUCUCUAAAGAAGUUCUCCCAAAGUUCUUCAAACACAACAACAUGGCCAGCUUCAUCCGGCAGCUCAACAUGGUGGGGCACAUCGGCAGGGCGGGCGUGAAGCGAGGAGACGACACAGAGUUCCAGCAUCCGUUUUUCAUGGGGACAGAACACCUGCUGGAGAACAUCAAGCGCAAAGUCACUACUGUGUCGUCGGUGCGUCAGGAGGAAGUGAAGGUUUCUGCAGACGACGUCAACAAGAUCCUGAGCGACGUGCAGCUGAUGAAGGGGAAACAGGAGACCAUCGACUCCAGGAUCAUCGCCAUGAGACAUGAGAACGAGGCUCUGUGGAGAGAGGUGGCCAGCCUGAGGCAGAAACACGUCCAGCAACAGAAAGUUGUCAACAAGCUGAUCCACUUCCUGGUGUCUCUCGUCCAGUCCAACAGGGUCCUGGGAGUCAAGAGGAAAAUUCCUCUGAUGCUGAAUGACUCUAGCUCCGCCCACUCCCUGCCCAAAUACAGCCGGCCGUUCUCAUUAGAGCAGGGUGCAGCAAGUCUGUUCCCAGCUGACCCGCCCCUCACCUCUGGACCAAUCAUCUCUGACCUCACAGAUGUGGCCACGCCCCCAGACGACAGUGUGCUCAGUGAUUGGUCGGAUCCAGGGGAGAGCCAAUCAGGGGGGGUUAAAGAGGAGCCGUCAAAUCCUGUGGACUCACCUGUGGACACACCCCUCUCCCCCACCACCUUCAUCAACUCUAUCCUACAGGACCACGAACAGCCCCCCUUAAACCCCCCCGCUACAGGUGCAGCCUCCUCCAGGCCCCCCCCAGCCAGCCAAUCGGCUAUGUCCGUUUGCACCACCAACUCUGCCCCCCCCACACCUCAGCAGCAGUGUCAGACGGUCGCCUGCAUCGACAGGCCCCCCGCCCCCCCCCCCACUGCAGGUGGACUCUCACCAGACGUUUGGCGCCUCGUAUCGACACGACCUGACAAGAGUGAGUUGUCUCAUCACGUGGACAGUAUUGACAGCGGUCUGCAGAGCCUCUUGAACUCUCAGGCUCUGAACUUUGACCCUUCUCCGCUGAUGGAGUUCUUCAGCUCGCCCUGCCCCCCUGGAGACUUUGACCUGGACAGUUUGGACACUCUGCUGUCUGAUGACGGAGGAGAGGAUGGCCUCCACAUAGGGAAGCAGCUGGUGCAGUACACGGGGGAGGGGGGUUUGGCCUACAUGCCCUCGCUGCUGGAGCUGGAGGCGGAGCCUUUUUUCAUCUCUGACCCCCCCGCUGAUGACCCCGCCUCCACCCUGCUGAGCCCCGCCCUCCUGGACUCUGACCUCUGACCUCAACGUCACCGUGGCGAGGGUCUGAGAGGUUUUUAUUAUGCAGAUUGAGAUGAGCACUUUCUACAUGUCUUCUUCUACUGUUCUCACUUUAGAUCUGGUCUGUGCUUCAAGAUCACUUGCUCACAGUCCAAUCAGAAACAGGCUGACAGCAUCAUGUGACCCGUGUUCUCUGCAUGUUUAUCUUUUGUGUAAAAUAUAUAUCAUGAGGAGUCUGAAUAUUUUUGGAGAAGUUUGUGAUGAUAGAAAUGUUACUGCACAUUAAGGCUCUGAUCUGUAAUAUAAAUAUCAGUGUGCCGUGUCAGCUGUUCCUCUGCUCUCAACUCCAGGCUAAUAAACUCUCUCUUUUACAAA